UCUUUUGGCGAUAGGUACGAGCCGGCACGAUAGUUACGCCAGCAAUCGUAGUUGUCAUCACUAGCUCCCAUUUGUGCGUUGAAACGAGAUUUCAAUUUUCGGAAAAUACCGUCGAAAAUGCCGCCUGGAACGGAAAUUGCAAGCGGCAGCGACACGGAGACCGCUCUGGAGGAGUUCAAGCAGCGCGAGGGACGCCGGAACAGCACCGGCUCGGCCAAGUACACGUGCAGCAUGCCCAACUGCGAGGCCACAUUCAAGCGGCUGGAUCUAUUGGACCGCCAUGAAUAUCACCACACUGGGAUUAGGAAGCACGCCUGCUCCUACGAGGGCUGCGACAAGACCUACUCCAUUGUAACGCACUUGAAGAGGCAUCUGCGGAGCACCCACGAGCGACCGGAGGCGGCGACCAAGAAGACGGUGAAAUGCGCGCUGGAGGAAUGCAGCAAGAUGUUCAUCUCGGUCAGCAAUAUGACGCGCCACAUGCGCGAGACCCACGAGAACCCGAGGGUCUAUCCCUGCAGCCACUGCAGUGCCAAAUUCUCGCAGAAGCUCAAGCUGAAGCGCCACGAGAUCAGGGAGCACUCGCUGGAGUAUCCCUACAGCUGCUCGAAAUGCUCGCGCGGAUUCUACCAGGAGUGGCAGCGCCAGAGUCACGAGCCCAGCUGCAAGUUGUACGAGUGUCCCGGUUGCCCGCUGAAGUUCGACAAGUGGACACUAUAUACGAAGCAUUGCCGCGACACAUCGCACGGAAAGAAUCGCCACAAGUGCGACAGAUGCGAGAGCGCCUUCGACAAGCCCAGCGAACUGAAGCGUCACCUUGUGGUGAAGCAUAAGGAGGCGGCGGACAAGGAUGAGGGCGCCUCCUCGUUCGCCUGCAGCGAGGAGGGCUGCGGCAAGAGCUACUCGUACCUCAGAAAUCUCCGGCAGCACAUGCUCACCGCCCACUCGGGCAGACGUUUCGAAUGCCAGGCCUUGGACUGCGGCCGCUGCUUCAGCAGCGCACAGAAUCUUGCCAAGCAUCUGCUCAGGGGUCACAAAGAUGGCAAGAAGAAAAAGGACUUGAAACCGAAGAAGGGCAAAAGUAAGGAUGUCGAAGGGGGCAAACUUAAAUCCCCUUCCCGCAAGCGACGACGCGAUGCCGGACGCAGCAAACACUCGAGGCUAUCCAAACUGGCCUGCCUGCAACUGGACAAGGAAGAGGACGAGGCGGUGCGUGAACGACAGCCUUUGGCCCUCGAAAAGAUCACCCAGUCGCUGAAGGACUACCCCAUCGAGGAGCUGCUGGCACAGACCCUGCAAGAUGAAGAGGACGUGGUGCAAGCGUAGGGCAAAAUGGCAUUCAAUAAGGAUGGGAGUGAGGUCUGGUCUAAACCCACAAAAUAAUGAUGUAAAUAACGAGGCUAAAACUGCAGUGUGAGUGACUUCGAGCUACUUGUAUUUAGUGUAUUUAGGCAACAAUUAAUUUGGGCCUCUCGAAAACAAGAAAUAUCGCACGAAUCUUUCAAAGAAACGACAAUUGCAUUAAAAUACGCUCUGAAUGUGCAGUAAUUAAAUUAUGAGCAUCCUUUUACCUUUUAGCAAGCUAUUAUCAUUAGUCGCCGCCUGGAGCGAAUUAGGUUUAAAUCACAAAUUAUUAAUAUACGUUAAGCUUGUAGAUAUCACAUUCCCUGACUUAAGCUAGAGUGUCGAAACUCCUCAGCAGCCGGAGGGAAACCAAUAUUUUCUUGUGCAUAUGUACAGUAAGCACCAGCAACGCGAAUUUAGUAUAAUAUAUAUGUACAUACAUGCUUCAAAACAAGGUCAACUUUUCUGUUAAAGUCCUGUACGUCGAAAUAAAGCAAAGAACUCACAUA